AAUAAAUCAAUUGAGUUAGGAUUGCGGGUUUUUAAAUCUGUUUAUUAUCAUUCCGGACACAAACCAGACUUGAUCUGUUAAAUGGUUAAACACCACCGAGUCCCCUACGCCAGGAUUAUGAAUAGGAACAUAAAUAAAUCAAGAGAAGUUUGAAAAGACUGCCUGAAACAGGGAGAGGUGUAGAGUUCACUGUUUUCCUUUACUGUCACAAACUCGAGCUUGAGUUUCUCCGGUCACGAAUUAUCGACGAUAACACAGUCUGAAGAAUAAAUUAUGGGGAUAAAUUUGGCUUACUCAAAAGGCACCAUGAGUUGCAUGUCUUCUUUCAAGCUUCUCAAGUUAAGAAGCAUUCUCUAUAUCUCUCCUUUGGUGUGCAAUUCAGAUAAAAAUCAAUGUUAUUGGAUGAAGAAUCACCAGACUGCCACUUCCUCACUUGUGUGAAAGUUGAAAAAAUGGGACUUGCACCUUUUCAAUCACUUCAAUGUGAACAGGAAAAUGGCGGUUGUGAGCAGUGUUUUGAGUUCGGCAGAGCAGGUUCCAUCUGAUUUGCCUGUGGAUAGGUUAAGCUCUCUUCCUUCGAAUAUCCUUGAUAUUAUUCUUGGGAAGUUGUCGAUAACUGAGGCUGCCAGGACUUGUGUUUUGGCUAAGGAUUGGCAAUACAAAUGGCUCUGCAUUUCUGACUUUUCCAUAGAUUAUGAACUUAUUUCUCCUGCGAGUGGUGCAGCUAACAGGUGGAAUGCACUUGCAUGCAUCAUAAACAGAUUCCUACUUCAUCACUCCCUUUCAAUCAGGAAGUUCUACUUGAAAGCAUAUUGCAGACCACGUUAUUCUGCUAUAUAUCCUUGGCUUCAACAUCUGUUGACACGAGAUGUCGAGGUACUGUCAAUAGAAGAGCUUGGGUAUAAACAGAAUUUUGAGAUGCCCUCGUAUCUCUUCCUCUUUGAGAAGCUACAAUGUUUGUUUCUCAAACGUUGUGCUUUGCAAUUUCCCUCUACUUGUCGUGGAUUCAACUCCCUUCGCGAACUCUCAUUCUGCAAUGUUUUAAUUAAUGACGAUGAGCUGCAUCGUUUGAUUCUUGAGUGCCCUCUCCUGGUGAAGUUGAAAUUGUUUGAGAUGUCCCGGUUAGAGCAUUUAAGAAUAAGUUCUCCAUUAUUAGAAGAAUUAGAAAUAGACAACACAAUUGGGGACAUUAUGAUUAAAGAUUCUGCAUGUUUGGUUUCAGUUUGUAUUAGUGAUAAUUCCUACAGUGACAGGAUGAUGCAAAACUGGCGGAGCGUUACUUGUAGUUUAUCUAGUUUGGAUAUCCUUCAAACUUUGGUUUUAUUUCGAAAUUUUAUCGAGAUUUUGGCUGCAGAUUAUGCACUUGAAACUUAUCCAUUGAGGAACGAUACUCUGUCAUGUCUUUCCCUUUUCAACCUAAGAUUUGAGACUCUUAAUGUGUUCAGGGUUUGCCUUUCUCUGUUAAGCUCCUGUUCAAACAUCAAAUCUUUCCAAUUUACGGUUGAAGCAGCCAAAGGUCCAAAGCUGAUCACUGCGUUCUUAAUGGAAAAUCAUGGACGAUUCUCCUUUCCGCAGCUAGAUUCUAUUUUGGUGACAUCUCCUGCUGGCAUGGGUUGUACUGUGAACUUCCUUGAAUUUCUUUGUGCUCAUUCCCCAAACCUCAAGGCUUUAACCAUUAAAAAGGGAGGGAAGCAUGAGAUGAACGCUACUCGGGUUUCCAAUGUGCUCUCACGGCUGACAAAGCUAAGCCCUCAAGCUUCAAUUCAAUAUCAACCAUGACAGCCAACAAAUUAAUCUGUGAUAUCCAUCAAACAAGUUUGCUGAAGAUGACUCAUCCCAUGUUUAUGAGCCAUUGCUUUUGAAAGCUAUAUGGUAUUCAGCAACACUUUUUUUUUUUUCUAAUAAAUGCAAUCUUGAUGAACUUACUAGACAAUAGUUUGGUUGAUUUUCCAUAAAUAUUUAUUGAUUUCGUACUUUUAUUUUUAGUCAAAACUUAAAAAGUAAUGCGUCCCCUUUUCCAUAUAUUACUGUGUUUUGAUGAAUUUUUUUCCUCAGUUGGGAAUAUGGGAAGAUAUUUUCAUGUUAUUGCUGUGUGGUUAUGUAUUACCUUUUGAUUGAAUUUUGCUUGGUUAUAAUUAAUGCAGGUUUAUGAAGGUAUUGUUUUGUUUAAUGUAAAUGGUAGU